AAAAAGAAAAAAAAAAAAAGAAAAAGAAAAAAACAAUUCCUUGGUUUCCUCGUGUUGAGCUCAUUUCUCGUUGUAAUUGUCUCUUCACCUCUCCGGUUACAUAGACAGUAGGGCUAUUCUAAACGACGCUUUACGUAUUCAAUUUUCCGCGGCGCACGUUAGCCCCAGCACUUCAUCUGUCUUAUGCUUCCGGAGGACUAGCGAGAGAGAGAGAGAGAGAGAGAGAGUCUCCUAGGGCAGUUGUAUUUUUAUUUUAUCUUUAAUUUCCAUUCACUGUAAGAUCCGCAGAAAGGGGAAUAAAUCUGCGAAUUUUGGAUAAGAAAACUAGGGUAGUUUAUUUUUUGAUGCGUUGCAGAGAAUCAGAAUCCGCCAGACGGAUUAGAGUUUGGGUCGGACCCGUGAGAUGGCUAAUCACGGAGUCGGGAUCAAGUUUGUGUCUGUGAAUCUGAACAAAUCCUAUGGGCAACAACCUGCACACCACCACCAUCCACACCAUUCCAGCUCGUACGGAUCGAAUCGAACCCGACCCGGUGGCCAUGGCUCUGGUGGCGGCGGAGGAAUGGUGGUCCUUUCUAGGCCUCGCAGUUCGCAGAAGGUUGGGCCGAAGCUUUCUGUUCCACCCCCCUUGAAUCUGCCUUCUCUGCGCAAGGAGCACGAGAGAUUUGAUUCCUUGGGCUCAGGUGGUGGGCCUGCUGGAGGAGGUGUUUCGGGUAGUGGGUCGAGGCCGACUUCAUCGGGUAUGGGAUGGACGAAGCCUGGUGGUGGUGCCAUUGCCUUGCAAGAGAAAGAAGGGUCUGGUGAUCAUGGAGCUGAAGGACUUGAGCAGGGUUUGCAUGGUUCUUCUGAUGGGGUGAUUAAGGGGAGCAGCGUGUAUAUGCCGCCUUCAGCCCGACCAAGCACAGUGGGACCCUUAGCUUCUACCAUAGUCUAUACACCAGUGGAAAAAGCCCCUGUAUUGAGGGGUGAGGAUUUCCCUUCUUUGCACGCUACUUUGCCUUCUUCAUCUGGGCCUGCACAGAAGCAAAAGGAUGGUCUGAGUCAGAAACAGAAGCAUUUAGUUGGUGAUGAGUCGUUAAAUGAGCACAGAGAUGGUUCCCAUUCGAGUUCGCUUGUCGAUAUGAGACCUCAGUUGCAGGCAUCCCGUCAAAAUUUUAGCAAUGGUACUGAGAAUGUUGUUGAACCCAAUGGUUUGGGAGGUUCCCGAGCAACAGGUCAAGGUCGGAAGCAGGAAGAGUAUUUUCCAGGUCCACUACCGCUAGUUCGGUUGAAUCCUAGAUCAGAUUGGGCUGAUGAUGAGCGUGAUACCAGUCAUGGUCUGAUGGACCGGGGAAGGGAUCAUGCGUUUCCAAAAAAUGAAGCUUAUUGGGAUAGAGAUUUUGAUAUGCCAAGAAUAAGUGUUUUACCACAAAAAUCAGUUCAUAAUCCUUCAGAGAGGUGGGGCCAGCGAGACGAUGAAACUGGAAAGGUUUCUUCCAGUGAAGUCCCUAAAGUAGACCCCUAUGCCAAAGAGGUAAGAACACUUGGUAGAGAAGCACGGGAAGGAAAUUCUUGGAAAAAUUCGAAUGUUACAAAAGAUGGAUUUAGUACUCAAGAAGUAGGAAAUGACAGAAAUGGCUUUUCUGCAAGGACAUCUAGUCUGAAGACUCUGAACAGAGAAGCAAGUAAAGAGAAUAAGUAUAAUCUAUCAGUGUUUCGAGAAAAUGGUCAUGACGAUUUUAGGAGGAGAGAUGUAGGGUAUGGACAAGGAGUGAGACAGCCAUGGCAUAACAUGGAUUCCCAUGGUGGGCGAGGGGCUGACCGGAAUACAAGAGAGCGUUAUGGCAGUGACCAACACAGCAGCAGAUACAGAAGUGAUGCUUCGCACAAUAGUUUUACGUCCAAAUCAUCAUACUCUUCAAGUGGUAAAGGACCACUUCCAAAUGAUUCUCUACUUAACUUUGGCAGGGAGAAACGUUCAUUCUCAAAGAGUGAAAAACCGUAUAUAGAAGAUCCAUUCAUGAAAGAGUUUGGAGCAACGGGAUUUGAUGGUCGUGAUCCCUUCUCUGGUGGACUCAUUGGAGUGGUCAAGAGAAAGAAAGAUGUGCUCAAACAGACUGAUUUCCAUGAUCCAGUUAGGGAGUCGUUUGAGGCUGAACUUGAAAGAGUUCAAAAAUUGCAAGAACAGGAGCGGCAGCGGAUCAUUGAAGAACAAGAAAGAGCCUCAGAGAUGGCUCGAAGAGAAGAGGAGGAGAGAGCUCGAUUGGCUAGGGAACAAGAAGAGAGGCAGAGAAAGAUGGAAGAAGAAGCCAGAGAAGCAGCAUACAAAGCAGAACAAGAACGGCUGGAUGCCAUACAAAGAGCUGAAGAGCAGAGAAUAACUAGAGAGAAGGAGAAACAAAGGAUGAUUAUAGAAGAGGAAAGGAGGAUACAGGCUGCUAAGCAAAAGCUUUUAGAAUUGGAGGAAAGGAUUGCCAAGAGGCAGGCUGAAGCAACAAAAACUGAUAGUAGUUCUUCAGCUAUUGAAGAUGAUAAAAUUUAUUCGACGGUGAAAGAAAAAGAUGUCCCCAGGGAAGCAGAGAUAGGCGAUUGGGAAGAUGGUGAAAGAAUGGUGGAGAGGAUCACAACCUCAGCUUCUUCUGAUUCUUCUAGUAUGAACAGGCCCUUAGAGAUGGGUUCUAGGCAUCACUUUUCUAGAGAUGGUUCAUCUGCUUAUCUGGACAGAGGAAGACCUGCUAACUCAUGGAGAAGGGAUGCAUAUGAGAAUGGGAACAGCUCAACCUUACAUCUACAGGGCCAGGACAAUGUUCAUCAUAGUCCCAGGCGAGAUGCAUCCAUUGGUGGGAGAGCAUAUUCUAGGAAAGAUCUCUAUGGAGGAUCUGGAUUGAUGACUUCUAGGAGUUAUCAUAAUAAAGGAGGGAUUUCAGAACCUCAUAUGGAUGAUUUCUCCCAUCUAAAAGGGCAGAGAUGGAACCUUUCUGGUGAUGGAGAUCAGUAUAGCAGGAAUACAGAAAUUGACUCUGAAUUUCAUGAUAACCUUGAUGUUGGAUGGGGACAGGGUCGUUCCCGUGGCACUCCAUAUUCUUUGUAUCCUGAGCGACUAUACCCAAAUUCUGAGGGAGAUGGAGCUUACUCAUUUGGUAGGUCACGGUAUUCAAUGAGGCAGCCUCGUGUUCUUCCCCCUCCGACGCUAGCUUCUAUGCACAAAACCUCCUACAGGGGUGAGAUUGAACGUCCUGGUCCCUCAGCUUUUCUAGAAAAUGAGAUGCAAUACAAUCAUGGAGCAAGAACUGAACCUUUGAUGCAGACAGCAUAUGAUAGUGGUCAUCGAGAGAAUCUUGGACAACCUGAAAUAAUAGAUGUCCAGCAAGAAAAUGCUGAGAAAGGAGAGCAAGAGCUAGAUGGUAAUACUUCAUUAAGGUGUGACUCCCAAUCGUCACUCUCUGUUUCUAGCCCCCCCACUUCUCCAACUCAUCUCUCCCAUGAUGACUUGGAAGAAUCUAGAGAAUCUUCAGUUUUAUCUGCUGGUGGAGACAACAGAGAUGUUCCACUGCCAGGACAGGGGAAUGAACCAGUUAUUUUAGCUACCCAUGCUGGGAAAGACGAUAGGCCUGCCUCAAGUUCUGCCUCCAUUGGUGAUGAUGAAGAGUGGGCUAUUGAGAACAAUGAAGAGCUUCAGGAGCAAGAAGAAUAUGAUGAAGAUGAAGAUGGAUACCAGGAGGAGGAUGAGGCACAUGAAGCAGAUGAUGAAAAUAUUGACCUGGCGCAAGAAUUUGAAGACAUGCACUUAGGGGAGAAAGUGUCAUCUGACAUGAUGGAAAACUUGGUUUUAGGCUUUAAUGAGGGUGUUGAAGUUGGGAUGCCAAAUGAUGAGUUUGAGAGCAGUUCAAGGAAUGAAAAAAGUACAUACGCAAUACCUCCUGUUUCUUCUAGCACGGUUGAGGAACAGAGAUCAUUUGAUGGAAUUCAUGGUGAGGGACAUAUUCGUCAACCUCCAGAUGGUACAUCUCAAUUAUCCAUCGAUAGUUCUUCUAGAAUGCUACUGGAAACUGAAAGGGUGAUGCAAGAUUUGGCUGUUCAGCAAAGUAAUGCUCCUCAAACUGCAGUAGUAACCAAACUUUUGGACCAGGUGGAUAAUUCAAGUAGUUCUUCUCUGUCUUCCCAGCAUCCAGUGAACCUGGGUCCCCAUUCUUCGUCUGGCCAGACUGUCUUGUCUACUGUACCCACUGUUCCAAAUCAGACUGAGGUACCUGUUAAGCUUCAGUUUGGGCUGUUUUCAGGUCCGUCCUUGAUACCAUCUCCAGUCCCAGCUAUACAAAUUGGUUCUAUACAGAUGCCCCUUCAUUUGCAUCCUCAGGUUGGCCCUUCUCUCACACAUGUGCACCCUUCACAGCCUCCUCUUUUCCAGUUUGGUCAAUUGAGGUAUACAUCUCCCAUAUCCCAGGGAGUUCUGCCAUUGGGUCCCCAAUCAAUGUCUUUUGUUCAACCCAAUAUCCCAUCGAGUUUUUCUUUCAAUCAGAACCCAGGAAGUUCUCUGCCUAUUCAACCUGGUCAAGACUCUUCUCAGAAUCUUGUAAAAAGUGAUGUGUCAGUGGAUAACCAAGCCAACACUGUUACAAGGCACUUUGAUGCAUCUCACAUGAAUGCAUCAAAAGAGGUCAAUUCAUUACCAUCUAUGGAAAAUGGUGAAUCCACCAUUAGAGUUCAGCAGUGUCAAUCAGAAAUUUCAUGUAUUGGUGAUAACAAUUCCAGGUCUGAGUCAGGUAUUCACUCAGAAGAUCAGGGGUGCCCUAAUUUGGUUGUGAAAAACUACAGUGCGUUACCAAUAGCUCAAGAAUCAGAAGGGCAGGCUAAAACUGCAGCAGAAUUAUCUCAACCAGUUAUAAGAGAGAGAGAUCUAAGUGGGCCCAAGGCUCAAGGCACAUUAUCUGGUGGCAGAGGGAAAAGAUUUGUUUUCACGGUUAAAAAUUCUGGGUCACGAUCAUCAAUUCCUGCAUCUGAGUCCGCCCACCUUGAAUCUGGUGGAUACCAGAGGAGGCUGCGACGUAAUGUUCAGCGAACUGAGUUUAGGGUUCGGGAAAGUGCAGAUAAGAGACAGUCUUCUGGUUUGGUUUCAACAGACCACUUGGGGAUGGAAGAGAAGUCAAAUAUCAUUGGACGAGGUGUUGGAAUUUCUGGUAGAAGUGGGCCGCGGAAGGUAAUUGUUAUGAAUAAAGCAUCAAAGCAGACAUCAGAAACAGAGAACUUAAGCUCUGGUCCACAUAGUUCACGGGAGAGUGAUUCUGGAACCAGGGCAGAGAAGGGAGUUGGAAAAGAAGCCUUUACAAAGAGUCGGAACAUCCCACAGUCUGGGGAGGGGAAACUAAAGAGGAAUACUUGUUCUGAAGAGGAUGUUGAUGCUCCUUUGCAAAGUGGCAUUGUUCGUGUCUUUGAGCAACCUGGGAUAGAGGCCCCUAGUGAUGAAGAUGAUUUUAUUGAAGUGAGGUCAAAGAGGCAGAUGCUGAAUGAUCGACGUGAACAGAGAGAAAAAGAAAUCAAGGCAAAGUCUCGUGCCUCAAAGGUGCCACGCAAAACUCGUUCUACUUCAAAGAAUACUAUUUCCUCAGCCAACUCAGGCAAAGUUAGUGCAUCAACUGGUGGAGAAGCAGUAAGCAGCAUACGCCCUGAUUUUGUUUCCAAUGAGGGACGUGGUUUGGCAAACAUCGAAUUAUCAACUGGAUUUAACACCAGCAUGGUGCCACAGCCAUUGGCUCCUAUUGGCACUCCUGCUGUGAAAAGUGAUACCCAAUCUGAUAUAAGAUUCCAGACCAUUAGCAGAUCUAUCCAGACGAGCUCCCACCCUGUAGCAUCUAGUGCUGUGAAAAAUCUUGGGCCAGGUUUGAUAUUUGAUAACAAGAAUAAGGGUCUUGAUAAAGUUCAAUCGUCGAUAGGCUCCUGGGGUAAUUCAAGGAUUAAUCAACAGGUUAUGGCCCUGACACAAACACAACUUGAUGAAGCCAUGAAGCCUGGGCAAUUUGAUUCUCGUUCAUCUGUUGGAAAUCAUACAAGCUCAAUUAGUGAAUCUAGCAUGACAUCAUCAUCCAUCUUGACUAAGGACAAAUUUUCUUCUGCUGCAAGUCCAAUCAAUUCCUUGCUUGCUGGAGAGAAGAUUCAAUUUGGUGCUGUGACGUCUCCAACAAUUCUCCCCCAUGCUGUUUCUCAUGGAAUUGGUCCUCCGGGUCCAUGUAGGCCAGAUGUGCAAAUCUCUCACAAUCUUUCUGGAGCUGAGAAUGAGUGUGGCCUUUUGUUUGAGAAAGAGAAACACAACACAAAAUCCUGUGUUCAUUUAGAAGAUUGUGAAGCUGAAGCUGAAGCAGCUGCUUCUGCUGUUGCUGUUGCAGCAAUUAGCAGUGAUGAGAUCGUUGGGAGUACACUAGGUCCUUGCUCUGUUUCUGUUUCUGAAACCAAGGGUUUUGGAGGCACAGAUAUUGAUAUAACAGCAGGUGGAGCUGUUGACCAGCAAUUUACAAGUCAGUCAAGGGCUGAAGAGUCUCUUAAUGUAUCUCUUCCAGCAGAUUUAUCUGUUGAGACCCCACCGAUUUCCUUGUGGCCACCCUUGCCAAGUCCAGAGAAUUCUUCGAGCCAAAUGCUUUCACAUUUCCAUGGUGGCCCACCUUCUCAUUUUCCCUUUUAUGAGAUGAAUCCCAUGUUAGGAGGUCCUGUCUUUGCUUUUGGACCACAUGAUGAAUCCGCUUCUAAUACCCAGCCUCAAACCCAGAAGAGUGCAGCACCUGCUUCUGGGCCACUUGGAAGUUGGCAGCAAUGCCAUUCUGGUGUAGAUUCAUUUUAUGGUCCUCCUGCAGGAUUUACUGGCCCUUUCAUCAGUGCACCUGGUGGGAUCCCAGGUGUUCAAGGUCCUCCACACAUGGUUGUUUAUAAUCAUUUUGCACCUGUUGGACAGUUUGGGCAAGUAGGGUUGAGUUUCAUGGGUGCUACCUAUAUACCAUCUGGAAAGCAACCUGAUUGGAAGCACAACUCUGUGUCUUCUGCCAUGGGUGUUGGUGAUGGCGAAAUAAAUAACUUGAAUAUGGUUUCUACCCAGCGCAAUCCUACCAACAUGCCUACUCCAAUCCAGCAUUUGGCCCCUGGAUCACCACUCUUGCCUAUGGCUUCUCCUUUGGCCAUGUUUGACGUUUCUCCAUUCCAGUCCUCACCUGAUAUGCCUGUUCAAGCUCGCUGGCCUCAUGUCCCUGCAUCACCUCUUCAGUCUGUUCCUUUGUCGAUGCCAUUGCAGCAACAGGCAGAUGGUGCACUUCCUUCCAAAUUUGGCCAUGCUUCUGUUGAUCAAUCAUUGGCUGCGAACAGGUUCCCUGAAUCUCAAACUUCUACAAUCUCUGACAAGAAUCGGAAUUAUCCUGUGGCUACUGAUGCCACUGUCACCCAAUUGCCAGAUGAACUAGGGUUGGUAGACCCUUCAAGUUCCACCGGUACUGGGGUUUCAGCACAAAGUGUUGUAGCAAGGAGCUCAGCUGUAAACGUUAAUGCAGACACUAGCAAGACUGAAAUGGCUCAGAAUGGCAGCUCCAACGGUAGCGGGCAGUCCAAUAUAAAGACUCAGUUUUCUCAACAUAAGAAUAAUAUGUCUGGGCAGCAGUAUGGUCAUUCGUCAGGUUAUAACUAUCAGAGAGGAGGUGGGGCUUCUCAGAAAAUUAGUUCUGGGGGUGAAUGGAGCCAUCGAAGAUCAGGGUUCCAAGGAAGAAAUCAGUCUUUGGGUGCAGAAAAGAGCUUCCAGUCUUCGAAGAUGAAGCAAAUUUAUGUGGCUAAACAGACAUCAAGUGGGACAUCGACAGGGCCGGCUAAAGGGCAAGGCCUCUAAGGCCUUUGCAUAGUAGUUUUCUAUAUGUAUUUGGUCUUCAAAAUUUUUGUUUUUCAUAUAAAAACAAGUUGAUUUUUUGUUGGAAACAUAGUACUGUGAAAGUGCGUUCGAUGAUGUUCUAUAAAAAUGGGUUUUUUGUUUU